AUGGUGCGACUGGACGACGGAAGCGUGCUUCCGCUGCUCCAGCUCGAGCGGGACAUGGACGUUUGCCGCGGGAACGCAUCGUCGUCGGUCGACCUCGAGGACCUCGGCAUGCUCACGCACUUGAACGAGCCGUCGAUGGUGCACUGUCUCGAGGAGCGCUUCAUGGUCGACAAGGUCUACUGCCACACGGGCGAGAUGCUGCUGGCGGUGAACCCGUUCAAGACGAUUCCGCGCCUCUACGAUGUGGACGCGUACCGUGCGACGCUCCACGCGAGCAUGCACAAGGUGCCGCAUGUCUUCACGACCGCCCACGACACCUACCAGGCGCUGCAUACGACGAACCCGGCGACGAACACGCACAUGAACCAGACCGUCUUGGUAAGCGGCGAGAGCGGGUCUGGGAAGACCGAGUCGACCAAGUUCAUCAUGCAGUACCUCGCGGUCGUGAGCAAGGUCGACGCCAGUAGCAGUCACAACAGCAUUGCCGAUCAGGUCUUGCAGUCCAACCCGAUAUUGGAGUCGUUUGGGAACGCGCGGACGCUGCGCAACGACAACUCGAGCCGGUUUGGCAAGUUUGUCAAGAUCUGGUUCGCACCACAGAAGCACGACACGCUGCGCCUCAUUGGCACCACGAUCGAGACGUACUUGCUCGAGAAGGUCCGCUUGGUGCACCAGGCCCACGGCGAGCGCAACUUUCACAUCUUUUACGAGCUCCUCGCCGCGGCAGCUGCCAAUCCGCUGCUGCGCGCGAGCCUGCACUUGGAAGCGCCGGUUACGGCCUAUGCGUACCUCGGCGGCAGCGGCUGCUACGUGCGCCAGGACAACGUGCGCGACGAGGACGAGUUUCAAAAGACCAUGCGCGCCAUGGCGAUCGUGGGCUUUGAAGAGCACGAGAAGGCGUCAAUCUUGGAGAUUGUUGCGAGUCUCUUGCACCUGGGCAACAUGGUGUUUGGGCUCCAGCCGGGCGGCGGCAGCGGAGGGUCCGAUGCCACCAUGUCGGACGUCGCUUCGUUCCAGGAGCUCCACUACGUCUCGUCGCUCCUCGCAGUGGAGCCGGACCGGCUUCGGAGUGCGCUCACAAAGCGGCAAAUCAAGGCCAAGGACGAGUGGUACGUCGUGCAGUUGACAGUCGCGCAAGCCGAAGAAGCGCGCGAUGCGAUGGCGCGCUCAAUCUAUGGGUACCUCUUUGACUGGAUCGUGGCCAAAGUCAACACUUGCAUUGGCGGCCGCGAGUUUGCGGCAACCGACCGCUUCAUUGGCGUGCUCGACAUCUUUGGCUUCGAGUCAUUCGACGUCAACAGCUUUGAGCAGCUGUGCAUCAACUACGCCAACGAACGCCUCCAGCACCACUUUAUCGACUUUGUCUUGACGCAAGAGCAAAAACGGUACAUGGCCGAGGGCAUUCCGUGGGCGACCUUGACGGUCCCGCUCAACGACGGCUGCCUCGACAUCCUCGAGGCCCGACCCACCGGUGUCCUCGCGCUCCUCGACGAAGAGUGCAACAUCCCAAAAGGCUCGGACGCGGGCCUCACGCGCAAGCUGUACCAGAUCUACAGCAACCAUGGACACUUUAGCGCGUCCCGGCGCGACCAAGUCGAGCUCGCGUUUGUCAUCAAGCACUACGCCGGCGCCGUGCGCUACGACGCGCGUGGGUUUUGCGAGAAGAACCGCGACAAGCCGCACCAAGAGAUCUUCGAUCUCCUCUCGUCGUCCUCGAAUGCGUUCAUUGCGCUCCUCUGCCGGCCUGUCGACGUGCUCGUCGAGAACGCGGCGAAUCUGCCGACGCUUCGCCGCAAGUCGUCGCUCGUCUCGAUGGGCCUUGGCUCGCAGUUUCGCAAGCAGCUGCACCAGCUCCUCGAGAUGAUUGCGUUGACGCAACCCCACUACAUUCGGUGUCUCAAGCCCAACGACGCCAACAAGAAGGAGCUCUUUCAGCGCCAGCGCAUGGCCGAUCAGCUGCGCUACGGCGGCGUCCUCGAAGCUGUGCGCAUCGCCCGCCUUGGCUACUCGGUGCACAUGAAGCACGCGCAAUUCGUUGACCGGUACCGGCGCGUGGUCGCCGCCCAAAACGCGUUGUCGCUUGAUACGCUGAUACAAACGCUCACGACGACGAUGGUAGCCACAUGGCCGUACCGAAGUGACGCGGACGCGUCAGCCUCGACCUCGGCGUUGUACCGCUUAGGCCUCGAGAAGGGCAAGACGCUUGUGUUUCUGCGGCAGUCGACGUACGACUUUUUGGAGCUGGCGGUGGGCCGCCGCCUCAAGGCGAGCACCACUCGCGUGCAGGCGUUUGCGCGCAUGGCACUCCAGCGCAGUCGGUUCUGGACAGCGCAGCGCAGCGUGCACACCCUCCAGCGCGUCGCGCGUGGGUUUCUGGCGCGUUGCGUCUGUCGCCGCCUGCGGUCGCAACGGCGCCUCGCACUGUAUCUUCAAGCCUGGUACCGCGGACGCCAGGAGCGAAUCGCGUGGCAGUGCUGCAAGGAGCGACGCGCCAGCCUCCGUAUUCAGCGCCAAUGGCGCCGCCAUGCCGCGCAGCAGACGUACCGCUGCACACGCCGCGACGUGGUGCGAGUGCAGUGUCGAUGGCGCGUCCGGAUGGCUUGUCGAGCGCUGCAGAGACGCAAGGCCGACGCCAUGUCGCUACAGCACACGAUUCAAGAACGCAACGAGCUGCGUCAGCGACUCGUUGCGACGCUGAACGAGGCCGACAUCGCCAAGCGGCGCGCGGCCGAAGCGGAGCGCCAGCUGCAAGAAAUGAAGGCGCUCGUUCAAGCGAUGCAAAAUGGCGGCCAUCAACUCGAGCCCGUGGGUUCGAAUGUCUCGCCGGUGUCUGUAGAGGUACCACAUCAAGAAGCAGCAGUCGUGGUGGUGCCACCGACAACCAUCAACGCACCUUACACGCUCGAGCACACACAUCAGAAGGCGCCAACCGACGAGCACCCUAGUGUCUUGAUCCCUACUGCGCCAGAGGCCACGCUACCGCCAUCGGCGAUGCGUAUCUCGCCAACCGCGUUCCCAGCCACCGACGCUGUAGGCGAACGAACGGUUGUUGUUUGCACGGAGCAUCUCGCAGCCCCGGACGUCGGCCGCCGCGAGGCCCCAAGUGAGCGUUUGGUCAAUCGCCGCAGCGACGUGGCGCCAGUAGAAACGUCGCUGCUCCGGGACGUGGUGGAGUCGCACGUAUAUGUACCUCGGCGGCCGCUGAGUGCAGUGGUCAAGGAACUCGAUGCGCAGCAUCGAGUGAUGGCGACCGUUGCAACCAACUUUGUCGCUGCUUGCAUCGGCCAAGCCUCGCACGCCACGGCCGCACCACCGCAGGCCACAGCUGCAGCACCACUUCUCCCGCAUGUAGUUGUCGAGGGUACCCAUCUUCUCUCCCAGGAAGGCGCCACGAAUGUGGACUUGAUGCCGUUGCCUGCCCACAGCACUGUCGCAGUCCCGCCACGGACAGAGCACUCAGCACUGCCAGCAGGCCAGACAUCCCGACCCCCCUCGCCGCUGCUCGAGCACCAUACGCCAUACCAGACGUGGACCACCGCGUCGUUGGCGACGCUGAGCGAAGCCCUUGCGCAAGGGCAGGAUCCCGACGCGCAGGACGCCGCCGGGCGUACGCUGCUGCACGUGGCGGUCGAAACGGGCAAUGCGGAGAUGGUCGACCUGCUCUUGCAGCACAAGGCGAGCGUUGUGCUAGCCGACUUUGCCGCGCAGGAGACACCGUACCACGUGGCAGCCAAGCUCGCCAACAUGGAGAUCUCGGGCAUCUUCUGUCGCCCCGACAUUUACCCGCAGCUCGAUGUCAACCUUCCAGACAAGGAAGGCAACACGGUGCUGCACUUGGCGGCCAUGUCGCCUCGCCCGACCGCCGCGUAUGUGCUGGAGCUUUACCUCUGCAUGGGCGCCGACCCGAACGCGCAGAACGUGCUCGGACGCACGCCGCUGCACGUAUGUGCGCUGCACCGGCGGGAUGCCACGCUUAUCGAGCGCCUCGUGUCGUUUGGCGCCGACCCCAACGUCUAUGCGAUCGACCGCAAGAUGCCUCUGCACAUUGCGGCCAAGCGAGGUCUGGUCGACGCCUGCAUCGAGCUCGUCAAGGGCGGUGCAAGCAUGACGCUGCGCGACGGCAACUACGAGUGCGUCGUCACCUCGGAGCUCGCCAAUCAGUUGCGACCACAUGUGCGCCACCCGCCACAUCUGGUGCCCGAUGCCGACGCGGACGCGUGCAUGCUCUGUGCGUACCCGUUCAACUUUUUGGUGCGGCGCCACCACUGCCGCGUCUGCGGGAUUCUCGGCUGCUCGGACUGCGUCAGCAACAAGCGCUGUGUCGCGUGCGUCGCCGCGGCCGAGAGCAAGUAG